AAGUAUAAGCAAGAUUUCUUUAGAAAAGACCGAAACAUAUUUUUAUUAUAGUGGUAGUCAUAAUCAUCCUCAUUAGCUUUGACUUUAACGGACUACUGUUUGCAAAUAGAAUGUUUCUGAUCUAGCUUACACGUUACACCAAUGUGAAUGACAGCCGACGCUAAUCGUACCGACAACGAAGAAGAGCCUGAUCUACCAGAAAGAUUUACAAAAUCCGAACUGCAGUUAUGGGCUGAUUCGAGGAACAAAAGAGAAUUACCUCCCACUAAUCAGCACCAUGUAGAAUGUGAUAAAUAUGGUAUUCUCCACGACUCAGAACAACAUCAACAGGGAUUAAGUACUUUCAUGAAGCGAUGCAGGCGUGAUAUCAUAUUAAAACGUCCACGACCUGACCUUACACAAAUGACAAGUUCGAGAAUGCCGGCUUAUCUCCAAGAUAUUCAGAGAUUCAACCCCGAAUUAAUGAAAAGAAUUCAUACAUCAGAACAUUGCACAUUACCCACGAAAUCAAUAAUAGAAGACGAGAAGCGUGUUAUUCACGGAGAAUUAAAGAAACCGUGGCACCAAGGCUUAGUUCUUCGUCAAACCGCAAAUCUCAUUGAUCCUUCGUGGGGAAGAGAUAGAGAAAACCAAUUUGUAGAAAAAAUUCAACGAAAAACAAAAGAAAAAUCUGCACAUGUUUUAAUGGGAGUCCUACAACAAUGGCGAAAAUCACAAGAACGAAAAGCUAGCCCGAUGUCACCUCAACCGCGUUCAACACCAGACAACGGUGAAGAUAAUGACGAUGCACAAUUCGUCGAUCAGGAAGAGGAUGAUUCCGAGAAUAAAACUCAACAAGAACAAACUGAUACACCAAUAGAAAACGCUAAUAAGUCAGAACUCUUGAGCGUCCCGGAAGAAGACGAGAUUGAUCAAGAAGAUGGCAUACUGCGACAUGGUUCCAGAUAAUGCGAUUCAUUCAGCGUCUAUACAAUAUUAAUUGUGCUAAAUUAAAUGCAAACGAAUAACUCGCAGA